CACAAACCUCCCAACGGAAUGAGGACAAGUGGUUUCCGAGAUAAUUUGAUAUCGUGGGCUAUAUCAAGAACUGCUCACUUGUAAUAACCCCUCCAACCUUUCUCCAUUCCCCGGUUUCCCACCCUUUCGAAACUUGGUGGAGCCGGAACUACUACCACGACAAUGGCUCUUUGGACAGAACAUUCGUUUACAUUUGACAAUGGACAGUCGAAGCUACGGUAUCUUUCAUCUGGUCCUGAAAACGGACCGUUGAUUAUUUUCAUUCAUGGCUGGCCUGGCUGCGCCGAAACAUGGAAGCCUCAGCUCCAAAGCUUAUCUACCCUCGGCUUCCGCGUCGUCGCACCAGACAUGCGGGGUUACGGCGGAAGCACGUGUACGAAAGAAGUCACAGACUAUCGCAUGGAACGCCAUAAUUUGGACAUGCUCGCUCUCAUCCAGCAUCUUAACCGCCCAAAUGCCGUUUGGGUCGGUCACGACUGGGGUGCGAUCCUCGUGUGGGGCUUUGCAGCCCAUUAUCCAGAGAAGUGCGUCGCCGUGUCGAACAUAUGCGUCCCGUAUCGAACUUGCGAGUUCGGGAUCGAGCAUAUGAUCUCCCUUGUGAACCGCGACGUCUAUCCCGAGGACAAGUUGCCCAACGGCCAGUGGGACUACGUCGUCUUUCACAACGAGUCGCCUGAGGAGAUGGUGAGACAGCUCGAAUCAAACCCUGAAAAUGCGAUGAAAGCACUGUACGCGCGGGGUCACCCGGAGCGUGUGGGAAAGCCGUCCAUGACAGCGUUCACGAGGGCCAACGGUGGCUGGUUCAAAAACGGCAUCCCCGACAUUCCUCUCGAAAUGACUGUUCUGAACGGACAUCCGGAUAUUUUGGAGGCAUUAGUAAGAACAGUGACCAUGAAUGGAAUGCAGGGCCCGGAUGACUAUUACCGCAACUUCGAGCUGAACGCGGAAUAUACGAAAAGCCCCAAGAACGGCGGCGUGCUGUCGUUUCCUGUGCUGUUUAUCGGGGCAACCUACGAUUCCAUUCUCGACACGACGACGAAUGCAAAGAUGGUUGCCCCUAUGAGAGAAUACUGCACGGAUUUGACGGAAGUGAACAUCGACGCGGGCCACUGGGUUGGACUCGAGAAACCGCUGGAGACAAAUGCGGCGCUAGCUCGGUGGCUAGUAGAAAGUGUAGGCGAUUAUUGGCCUGGUGCAGCUUUGGUAAGAACUCUUAAGACCAGAGGUGGCUCAAAUCUGUAAGGGAGUUGGAGAAUAUUGAAUACCUAAAAGCUGCGUGACUCAUGCUAUUGUUUUAACUGACAUCGACAGGGGUAAUGUGCUUGACGGUGCUUGAAGAAAAAAAAAUAUUAUGAAGUUAACAAUGAAUGCGUUGGUGUUUUUUUCUUUUCGCCCCCAACUUCCUUAGCUGAGAUUGAAUGGAAGGAAAUUAACUAGGUGUCCAACACCACCAGAACGCUCGAAAAUUGAUGCUCAAAUUGAUUGAUCAACGAAAAUCGUCCAGAAGAGAAGAGAGCUGUAUUACCCG